AUGAAUAGCAUAAUCCCUUCAUUCCGCUACUUACCUUCCUCGCCUCGUCCUUCACCACCUUCCGCACCCAAUGCUCCUACCGACUUCCUCCUCCUAUGGCGCUACCAAAUUUUGGACCCCGACAGCGACAUUGUUUCCUAUUGGAACCAUGUGUUCUUGGUCAUUUGCAUUAUGGCACUCUUCAUAGACCCUCUCUACUUCUUCCUCCCUUAUGUUGGAGGCCCUGCAUGCUUGGAAUCCGACGCCAACAUGGGGGUCAUCGUCACGAUUUUGAGGUCUAUGGCCGAUCUUUUAUACCUUUUAAACAUGCUCAUGAAGUUUAGGACUGGAUUCAUUGCGCCGAAUUCUAGGAUUUUUGGAAGGGGUGAGCUUGUCAUGGAUGCGAGGGAGAUAGCAAUGCGAUACUUGAAGUCAGAUUUUGUCAUUGAUCUUGCAGCCACCUUACCACUACCUCAGUUUGUCAUCUGGGUAGUUAUUCCAGCCACAAGAAACUCGAGAACUGAUCAUGCCAACAACACUGUUGCUCUCAUUGUUCUACUUCAAUAUGUUCCAAGGCUGUUUAUCAUUUUCCCUCUUAACCAAAAGAUCAUUAAAACUACUGGAGUCGUUGCCAAGACUGCUUGGGCAGGAGCUGCAUACAAUCUCCUCCUAUAUUUGCUGGCCAGUCACGUGUUAGGAGCAAUAUGGUAUUUAUGUUCCAUAGCAAGGCAGUUUUCUUGCUGGAAGGUGGAGUGUGCAAGAGAGAAUGCCUCAAAAUUUCUUGCUUGCAUCCCAAGUUUCCUAGAUUGUAAUAGCUUGACGAACCCUGAGAGGCAAUAUUGGGCAAAUAUCACUCAUGUGCUCGCUAACUGUGAUGCGAGGAAUAGCGAUAUUGAUUUCAAAUUUGGAAUGUUUGCAGAUGCUUUUACUAAUGAUGUUGCUUCCGAGAACUUUGUUAUAAAGUACUUGUAUUGUCUUUGGUGGGGUAUAAGAAAUUUAAGUUCAUAUGGGCAGAAUUUGGAGACAACCAUAUAUAUUUGGGAGAAUUUGUUUUGCAUUUUUAUAUGUAUUUUUGGAUUGAUUCUAUUCUCACUAUUGAUUGGCAACAUGCAGACUUCUUUGCAAUCAAUGACAGUAAGAAUUGAGGAGUGGAGGGUUAAAAGAAGGGAUACAGAAGAGUGGAUGAGACAUCGUCAGUUACCCGAGGAUUUGCAAGAACGUGUUCGUCGAUUUGUUCAAUACAAAUGGCUUACUACAAGAGGAGUUGAUGAAGAAUCUAUAUUACAAUCAUUACCCUUAGAUCUUCGUCGUGAAAUUCAACGCCAUUUAUGUAUUUCCCUUGUUCGACGUGUUCCAUUCUUCUCACAAAUGGAUGACCAGCUUCUUGAUGCCAUUUGCGAGCGUCUUGUCUCAUCAUUGACUACUAAAGGCAAUUACAUUGUCCGAGAAGGUGAUCCAGUCGAUGAGAUGCUAUUUAUCAUUAGAGGGCAACUUGAGAGCUCGACAACCAAUGGAGGAAGAUCAGGGUUUUUCAACUCCAUCACCCUUAGGCCAGGUGACUUCUGUGGAGAGGAAUUGCUGACAUGGGCCUUAAUGCCAAACUCUAGUAUGAACCUACCCCUUUCAACUAGGACAGUCAGAGCAGUUUCUGAAGUUGAAGCUUUUGCACUCCAAGCUGAUGACCUACAAUUUUUCGCACAUCAGUUCAAACGGCUUCAAAGUAAGCAGCUCCAGCAUGCUUUCAGGUAUUAUUCUCACCAAUGGAGGACAUGGGGUGCAUGCUUCAUACAAGCUGCCUGGAGAAGGUUUAAAAAGAGGAAGAUGGCAAAAGAGUUGAUUGCAAGAGAGAGCUGCAUUUACUACACUGAUGACAUGGAAGAUGGAUUCCAUUAUGACAAGAACAUUGAGAGAACAUCCACAGAUAGCCCAAACAAUUUUCAGAACCUUGGAGCUACAAUUUUGGCAUCAAAGUUUGCUGCAAAUACUAGAAAAGGGUCUAAGGGUGAUCUGAUUGAUUCUUCUUCUUCUAACAGUUUAAAGAUGCCCAAGUUGUUUAAACCAGAUGAGCCUGAUUUCUCUGUACACCAUAUUGAAGAUGUUUAG